AUGGGGCUUGAGGGCGAUGAGUUGAAGGCAUGGCUUGAUGAGCGUGAGGCACGAGCUCGCGAAGAUGGGGCCGCUGAGCGAGAGGAAAGAAAGGAGAGGAUGGAACAGGCGGAGUUGGAACGGAAACUUGAGGCCGAAUGCCAGAAGACGAUUCAACUGCGUCUUCAACUUGCUCAGGUGGAAGGGGCCAGGGGAUCCGCGGCAUCGGACCAUGGUCGACAGGGCAAGAUGUCCAAGGAUGACGGCAAGAACCGCGACCGACGUCGCCGUCAUCACAAGAAAUCGGCGGACGGUGGCGCCACUUCGGGGCCGCUCGCCUCGCCUUCGGGCCACGCGCCCAUGAGUUGUGUGGCCAGUCCCUCGUCCGAGGCGCAGUCGCCCGUGGUCCGCAGCCCCGCGCAGCCUGCGUGGCCGAGAGCGGUGACGAACGCCCAGCAGACGCCGCCGUCUGCGCCAGGGGUCUCUCCGGAAGAGGAGCCGCCUCCAGGCUCUGACAGCGGUGGACUCCCGUUUCGGGGCAGCGCCAUUUCAGCAACCGUGACGCCAGCUACAUCCGGCGCCAUAGCUGAGGCAGCGGCACCGAAACCGGACGGUCACGUAGAACAGCGCAUCCUGCAACAGACUUCCGAAGGCGGAACGGCGACGCAGGCGGUGCCCGCUGCUACGGGGAGCAGUGCAUCCACUGCGGUCAACGCCGCAACGUUCAGCGGCGUCUCUCAGGUCCACGCCGAGCCGCCUGCGACCACCAAGGGUCGUGACGAGGGCGUCACUACGGCACUCACUGGCCUCGUGUCCUCUGGCAAAUCGGAGCAUGUGGAACCGAGCAAAGGGCGGGCACUGCAGCGGGCGACGACAGCGACUAUGGGCAGAACAAUCACGGAUCACGAGUUGGGAGCUGCUGGCCGCUUGGCGCAGAACGGCGCCAAGACCUAUAUUGCUCGCGUCGGUAUGAACUUCUGUGGCAGCAUCCUCGUCGAAGUGAGCAAGGACUGGUGGUGCCUGCAAACGCUCCCGUAG